UUUUUUUCUCUCUUUCGCUCGUAAAGCGCAAACACUCCCUUUCUCUGUGUUUUUUUUUUCUCGGCGAAAAAAUCCCAAAUUUCCCACUGAUCUCUUUGUCCCUUCCCCCUCUGAAAUUCCCGUUACCGCGCUCCCCCAUUGCCUGCCAUUUCUCCUACGUAUAAUGUGAAUUUUCUCUGUUUUUUUAAAUUUUUUUUUUCUGGAAAUUGGGAUUACCCAUUGAGUUCAGAGACUCGGAAAUGAUUGAGGCUGUGGAGAGUUCCAUCAAUGGCGGUUUCUCGCACUUGCAGAGCUGUGGGGACAGUAGCGAGGAGGAACUCUCCGUUCUCCCUCGCCAUACCAAGGUCGUCGUCACCGGAAAUAACCGUACCAAAUCGGUGCUCGUCGGACUUCAGGGUGUCGUCAAGAAAGCCGUUGGCCUUGGCGGCUGGCAUUGGCUGGUUCUAACAAAUGGCAUAGAGGUGAAACUACAGCGGAAUGCGCUCAGUGUGAUCGAGGCUCCAACGGGUAAUGAGGAAGACGACGACCUCGAAUUCGAAAACUUGCAGUGGAAUGGAUUGGAUAUGGCAUCCGAUGAUGCCCAAAAAUCCCACAAAUCAAGGCAUAAAUUACACAAGUCAUCCGGGUCAUCUCACAAGACUAUGAGCAGAUCCCUUUCCUGUGACUCACAGUCAAAGAGCUCGGUUUCUGCACCGCAAGGAUCCACAAAGGUUGACCUUGGUAAAUUGGAGAUGGCUGCGUUAUGGAGAUAUUGGCGACACUUCAAUCUUGUAGAUGCUAUUCCCAACCCGUCGAAAGAGCAAUUGGUAGAUCUAGUUCAGAGGCAUUUCAUGUCACAGCAACUGGAUGAGUUGCAGGUCAUAAUGGGUUUUGUGAAGGCUGCAAAGAGACUGAAGACAUGAGAAGAGUAGAGAAACUGGGGAAUCCACUGAGUUGGUUCUCAUGCUAACAGACAAUAGCUGGAUCAAGAAGUGUUUUGGGUUCUCUCUGUAACAUAUGUAAUGAUGGAUCACGGAUGGUUUUUGUAUUUCGGGUCGGGAUCGGGAUCGGGAUCGGAAGGGGUGGUUAGUACGAUUCUGUGGUAGUUAAUAGAGUAAUAUCUUGUUUUAGUGACGAUGUUACUUGUAGUGUAGAUAUGUGUAAACUGCAAAUAUUAGAGACCUCUGAGAAAAGUGCCCCAGAAUGACUUUCUUUCUAAGCUGUUGUUUAAUGUAAUGCUGACUGACUUUUGGGGGUGUGUUUCCAUUGCCCAAAAAUGUACAUAUUUUGCUGUUUCCAUA